UCACUAAAGGAGGGGCCUGGGCGAGGUUGCUGUUCCCGACGUAGUUUCUUGUCGCUGCCGGGAGCUGACUGCGGGAGAAGGCUGGGCGGCUGCGCUCUCCUCCUCUCUCUUUUCACCCCUUUUCCAUUUAUCCCUCUCUUUCUGCAAAACACGCUCUUCUCUCCAUCAUUUUGUUCCCCGGAGCAAGAAGAGAGAAGAGGAAGAGCAGAAUAAAUAUAACGAAAUGGGUUCUUAGCGGCUGAGCGGCGCGCAUCGGUGAAAACGAUGGAUUCCCUGCGUUCCCUCAUCUUCGUCCUCUUGGUCUUUCAUAUCCAGCUGAUCGCAUCCGCUGACAAGAAAUUUGGCUGCCUGUUUGAGGAUCAGCUCUGCUCCCCGUAUGAGAUAUGCACCAACGAUGGUGUGUUUGGGAGGUGCUUGCCAGUCCCAGUGACAGACCUGUACACCUACCAGGUCUCUCCAAACGUCCUGCAGCGCCUGAGGACCCUUCUGCAGAGGCUGGCCCAUAGAGGAUUAUCUUGGGAGGAUGACACCACUCAACAGGCCAUCGCUCAGGAGCUGUCCAAACUGCGGAAGGGUUCCUACCGAUAUCCAGACACCGUCUCUGUGGACGGCAGCCCCAAAUCCAGGGUGGCCAAUCAGAACCUCAAGCCCACAGAGGUGGAGCUGGGUCGCUCUCUGCAGAAGUACCUUCAGCAUGCGGGACUCCAUUACCAAUUGGCCACUCCCACCGGCCAGAGGCCCAAAACUGGGAGGCCUGUAAACCAGGACGUCUCUCAGAAUCUGGCAGAUUACUUCCGUCCGAAGUCUCCGGCCAAAGGGGGUUCCCAGAGCUCCCUGCUAUCCCAGGCCCCCUCUGCCGCCAAGCCCCCGCCGCCAGGCUCUCGCCUCCCUGGCAGUCGGCUGGGCGAGGACAAGGAGCUCAUGACUGCGCUGGAGAGGUAUCUGGCGGGGAGGCUGGGGGGUCGGCCUGCGGCAGGUGGCCCCCGAGGAGAAGCAGAAGCAUGGGGACGCGGACUGGCGAAGAACCUGGAUGGGCACAGGGGGGCAGCCCCUCCGCAAGCAUCACCCCCAAGACCAAAAACCAACAAGCUCCUCUUCAAGACUGGCCAGACAAAGGAUUCCCUCACUAAAGUGGAUGAGGAGUUCAUCCAGAAGGUGGUGACGCAGCUGGGCAGGCACAGCGUGGACGUGGACACCCUGAGUGGCCGGCAGCUGGAGGAGCUGGCCGACUCCAUCGCCGACGCCCUCCAGGUGGUGGACUCGGAGGCCGCCGGGGGCACGCAGCUCAAGGGGCCCCAGAGGGAGAUGAAGAGGGACCCGGUGCCCUCCUCACCGCUGCCUGAGGACGCUCCGCUGCAAGAACAACAAACAGAGGAGGUGGAAAAGCCCAACUCUGGUGAUAAGGAUCCCAGCCUCGUCAGCAAGCUGCUGGAGUACCUGGACCAGGCGUCCUACAGCGACACCCCCCGGAGGGAUGCCUCGGAGGAGGAGCAGGGGGGCCGGGGGGCGCCAGGCUCCCACGGGAUCGGGGUGGAGAGCGUCAAGAGCAGGACCACCCAGACGGACAUCGCCGUGGAGAAGAAAGAGGCGGCGCCCCCCCCUGCCCGCGGAGCCGAGCAAACGGCAGACCCCGCCCACCUGGGGGGCCUCCCUGAGCCGCAGAAGAAGGACAUGCGCUUCGAAGAGGAGCUGCAGCUCGACGUCAAGUCCGUGUCCAUGGCGGAGAGGAGCGAUGACUACGGAUACAUCAUCACUGACACCGACUCCCUGUCCACCGACCAAGGCCUGCACUUGAUGGCGCUCCUAGCUCGCCGGGCCGGGCUGCAGAUGGCGGAUUUCCUUGAGCUCUCGGUGGUCGGCCCAGUGGUGACCUUCAAGGUGAGGCCCAACGCGCGUAACCUCUCCACAGCGGACGUGGCUGACAUGGCAGCUAAACAGGAAGAUAACCUGGGAAAUGAAUCAAGAGUGCGCAUCCUACAAGCAGGAGUCACGGACAAGAGCAAGCUGUCGGAACUCCCCACCAGGAGCAACGAGGCCGAGUCCACCAAGUUCCUCAUCCUGACGGUGAUCUCCAUCGUGUGCAUCAUCGCCGUGCUGCUGGCCUCCACGGGGGUCUACGUACUGCGGCACCGUUCCCACCACAAGCUGAAAGAGAAGCUCACCAGCCUGGGCACCGACGCCAGCUCUGGGGCGUCCGCCACAUACCAGGAGCUAUGUCGGCAGAGGAUGGCAGUGAAGACGGAGCGGCCCGAGCCGGCACACGGGUCCCGCAUCAACAGCGUGUCGUCGCAGUUCAGCGACGGGCCCAUUCCCAGCCCCUCAGCCCGCAGCAGCACCUCCUCCUGGUGUGAGGAGCCUGUGCAGUCAAACAUGGAUAUCUCCACUGGUCACAUGAUCCUGUCCUACAUGGAGGACCACCUGAAGAAUAAGAACCGUCUGGAGAAGGAGUGGGAGGCGCUGUGCGCGUACCAGGCGGAGCCCAACACCUGCGCCGUCGGCCAGAGGGACAGCAACAGCAAGAAGAACCGCUCCAGCGCCGUGGUGGCCUACGAUCACUCGCGAAUCACCCUGAAGGCAGAGAACAACCAGGGAAGCUCAGACUACAUCAACGCCAGCCCCAUCAUGGACCACGACCCCCGAAACCCCGCCUACAUCGCGACGCAGGGGCCGCUUCCUGCCACUGUGGCAGAUUUCUGGCAGAUGGUUUGGGAGAAUGGAUGUGUGGUUAUCGUGAUGCUGACACCCCUGACGGAGAAUGGAGUCAAGCAAUGCUACCAUUACUGGCCAGACGAGGGCUCGAACCUCUAUCACAUUUACGAGGUGAACCUGGUAUCAGAGCACAUUUGGUGUGAAGACUUCCUGGUGAGGAGUUUCUACCUUAAGAACAUGCAGACAAAUGAGACUCGCACCGUGACGCAGUUCCACUUCCUGACCUGGCUGAACCAGAACGUUCCGGAAUCUAGUAGGACCCUCCUGGACUUCCGCAGAAAGGUCAACAAAUGCUACAGAGGUCGAUCUUGCCCAAUAAUUGUCCACUGCAGUGACGGCGCCGGCCGCACCGGGACCUACAUUCUCAUCGACAUGGUUCUGAACAAGAUGGCCAAAGGUGCCAAGGAGAUUGACAUCGCCGCAACUCUGGAGCACCUGCGGGACCAGAGACCGGGAAUGGUGCAGACGAAGGAACAGUUCGAGUUUGCGCUGACAGCUGUAGCAGAAGAAGUGAACGCCAUCCUCAAAGCUCUUCCUCAAUGAGAGGCUUCUGGCCCUGUGCCCUUCCUCCUCCUCUUCUUCCUCUCUCCCCAAGGACCACCCAGCCCUACAUGUCUGUCUCUGUGGAUGUUGCACCAGAACCCUAACCUAUUCUUAGCUGUCUCUCUCUCCCCUAAAUCUCUCUCCCUCUUUCUCUCUCUCUCUCUUCUUGCUCUGGAGUUCUUCCCAAGCUGACACUUCAAUGUUGAUAAUGAAAACAGCUUAAAAAAAACACCAUUUCUGUAAAUAGAGUACAGUAACUAUCAGAUUAAAAACGGUUUUAGAUUGUGA